AUGAUCCGGGCUAUUCCUAGCAUUGCUUCUGAUAAUGUCUACUGCACCCUACUUGCUCAUAGUGCUGUACAUGGAGCAAUGGCUGGGUAUACAGGCUUCACUGUCGGUCCUGUCAAUGGCAGACAUGCUUACAUUCCAUUUAAUCGCAUCACUGAGAAACAGAACAAGGUCGUCAUUACCGAUAGGAUGUGGGCGAGACUGCUCUCUUCUACCAACCAGCCUAGCUUCCUGAACCCCCGAAAUAUUGCCAAAUCCAAGCAAGAGAAACAACCAACAACUGACAUUUUGGAUAGCGAAAUGGAAAAGACAGAACAUCAGGGACGGAAGACAAUCCUUGUGUGUCAGCAAAUGGCUUGUUGGAUGUGGACAAUUGCAAAGACGGAAUAUCGGUGACCGAAGACAAUCCUUGUAUGCCAUGAAAGUUCCCUCUCCCAUCUUUUUUGGUCAGUCAAAUUUUCCAUCACUUAAAGAGAUAGCACUCUUAACUCUAUUAUCCUUAAAUAAUCAAGAAAAUAGUAACUCAGUCCCUCAAUUUCUGUUGUUGUAUGAAUUACUUGGUAGUUUGAAAUUUUUGGUGGUGGUGCUUUGACUUUGAGAAGUUCAUAGU